AUGAUCGGCCUCAAGGGACGUCUCAACGUCAUUGACAACUCUGGCGCCCUCAUUGCCGAGUGCAUUAACGUGCUCAAGGUUAAGAGCAAGAAGAAGUCGACCGGUUUCGGCACUGUUGGUGACGAGAUUGUCUGCGUUAUCAACCGCGCUCGUCCCAUUACCCAGACCAGCAACCCCGGUGGCGCAUCCAACGUGCAGAAGGUCCGCCGCGGUGACGUCCGUCGUGCCGUCAUUGUCCGCACCAAGCAGCCCAUUAUGCGCGCCGAUGGCCGUGUUGUUCGGGGAGUACAUGUCCGCCCCAUGACCUAUGCCAACGGCAAAGUCUGGCACGAAACGUUAUCGGUCGAGAUUGAGGACGGGAGAGAGACUGCUGUGUCGGUCGCACACAUGAGCACAGCAGACACUGUCUUGCGUUGUUUUUCUCUGUCCGCCCUAUGGGAUGCCCGCCGCCAGAACCCUCCUGCUCCCUCACCGUCCCUCUCCCCUUUACAAGUCUCCCUCCCACUAACACCCACCAGCUUUGACGACAACGCCUGUGUCCUGCUCAACAACAAGGGCGAGAUGAUGGGCACCCGUGUCAGCGGUGUGGUCUCGGCCGCGCUCCGUGACUCUGUCGGCGGUACCGACGCCAACGGCCGCUGGAGCAAGAUCCUGUCUCUUGCGCCCAAGGUGGUGUAG